GGUCACGCCCUUUGAACUCGAUCAAUUCACUGAACGCGUAUUGUUGAGGUUUUGCUGUCAGAUUGGCGAGAUUUGGAACCUAAGACAUUGAGAAAAAGUCUGUUUUUGGAAAAUCUACCUAGUAAUUCUUUGAUCCAUCAGUGGAAUUCAAAAGAAUCAUGUCCGCUGAUUUUCUUACUGCUCCCAUACCUUCAAGGGUUUCUAUCAUGAAGAAGCCGAAGACAGAGAAAGAGGAUCACGUGUCCAAGCAGCCUGUAUUGAAGGACUUCAGUACGUUCUGCACUUGGGUACUAGACUAUGAAGCAUCUCUGCACAAUGGAGACAUACCCUAUGUCCCUAAAACUCCUGAGCGAGUGAAGAAGAGAAGCAUCAGUCCGCUCGACAGUGAGGGGAACAGCGUUGGUAGCGGAGCCGAUUCAGACCUCAGCCCCAGGGAAAGGUACUCCAAGAAGGGCAGAAUGAGCAGUGCACGCGAAAAAGACGAGGACUGGAACCUCAUCACGUGUUUCUGCAACAAGCCGUUUGCCGGGCGUCCCAUGAUUGAAUGCAAUGAGUGCGAGACAUGGGUCCACCUCUCCUGCGCCAAGAUCCGCAAGACCAACGUGCCAGAGAUCUUCAUCUGUACACACUGUAGAGACACUCGAAGCAGUAUCCGCAAGUCAAACAGGCAACGGGAGCCAAAGAAACAGUUCUCAGAACUCUAUGGGCCUGGUGAAAGCUAGCAGGGGGAUAGCUUCAUAGACUUUUUUUUGUAAAGGAACAAUUUUGAGAACCUUGUGGCAUUGUCAUCAGAGACGGUGCAGCUAAGAGGUGGACAGGUGACCCCAGGUUUGUGGACAAACCGCAUUCUGUAGAACAACUUCCAGAACUUUGUGGUCCUGGUGAAGGCUAGCAGAGGGACAUCUCCACCAUCUUUAUCUUUUAUAGGAACUAUUUUCAGAACGUAAGAGAUGGAGAAGUGACCCAAGGUGUUUGAAAAGAAAAAUCAUUCUGCAGAACACGGGCCACAGCUAGCAGAUUGAUCACUACAUUAUCAAGGGUCUAGGAAGAAAUGUCCGAAGCCAUGUCCCAGGGAAAGUUUGCAGAUCACAGGCUGUUUGAGGUUGGAAGAACAACGUCAUGACUGCGCCAUUAUAACAAGUGUUCAGUCCAUACAGAAUGACCACUUCAUUAUCAAGAGUGUACGCAAGAAAUGUCCAACGCCCUGAUCCAGGGAGAAUUUGUUUUUAACAGGUACCACAAACAAAACGCCAGUAAGCAGUGUUACUUUUAUCGGCUGUGGACCUGAUAGAUAUGUGUCAUUAUGAGGAAGGAGGACAAGUUUAUCUUUUUGUUUCAUAACUUGUUUCAUUUUAAUUUUUAAGGGAGGCAAAUUAUCACUGAAAAUGUAUCCUCUUUUCACAUUGUCAUUUAACAGGAAGCUUCUAAGGUGCUCUAUAUCAUGCUCAAAAUACUUUUUUGUGCAACUUUCACUCAUUUUUAAUAUAUUGAACAAAGACAUACAUGUACUGUACAAGAGAAUGUAACUACAUGUAGGUGAAAUACAGCUGCUUUUGUACAAAUGGAAAUGUCUAUCUACCAAUACAUACAUAAUAAAUAAUAAUAAUAGUAACAUGUACAUUUAUAUAGCUCAAGCACUGUACUAUUAUUACCUCAGCAUUUCAGAAACUUCUUCCUACCGGGUACAUAUUUACAUGUACAUCACCUGGCUGGGAGUUGAACCCCAUACCUUGAGAUCCAUAGUUGGGUGACUUAUCAAGUAGACCACAGCACCUCUACAACCAUCUAUUCCAUUCCCCAACUAUAUCAUUGGCUCAGUGGUAGAGCAGUGGUCUCGUAACAGGGAGGUCCCGGGUUCCAAACCAAGUCGUUGCCAUAGUUUCCUUUGGUAAGGCAUGAAUCUUCAUUACCAAGUCCCUUUGGGGAGGACUUUAGGCCAUUGAUAUCUUGGUUGUUUACUUACAUGUGCAGGCAUACACAUGCUUUCUUAGCUGUCUGGUAAAAACAAACAAACAAAUAUUAUCUUAAAUUCUAUCACAACCCCUUCACCUCAUCUACCGGUAAGCCCAUAUCUUCAACACAUUAAUUCCUGGAGCACACAUCACUGAAGCAAAUGUUGCAUCACAGGAAAAAGAUGUACUUUGUGACAUGUGACAUUAGUGGAAUGUACAUUUCAAUGGACUUUUGAUUAGUAUUAAUAAGCCUCAUUCAUGUAUAAUGUAGUAAACAGCUUUUUUUUUACAAGGAUGGAAGUGUAAUCCGCUUCACGUUUCUGUUUCCUAUACCGCAGAGCUAAGUGAAUGUUGCGCGCUGUUGUUCAUUCCCUUACACCUUAAAAAAAAAUGACAUGUAUUUUUUUUUUUUUGCUGCGAUUCAUCACGUCAUUUCUGAAGUUCUCUGAACGUAACAUAUUUGCGUUUGUUACUUAUUACCCUUAUGCUGUACAUAUAAAUAUGAUAUUUGCAGUCACACACCUUGAGGGAGACGUAACGAAGUGAAUACCUGAAAAUAUUUAAGAUAACUAGAUUUCUUGAACAACCAUUAUUCACAUGUAGAAUAUUUUUUUCAGUAAGGGAAUUUAGGAAAUUCAACUUUCUUUCAUUUUCAUCCAUUGACUAGAUCAGUUUGUCUAUUUUCCAUUUGUUUCAUUUUCAUCUGUUUUGAUUUUAAUUUUUUACUGUAGUUACUUUUUAUUUAUUUAUGUACCGGUAUUUAUUUAUUUAGUUAAUUAUUUUCUUUUCUAAUUUUUCUGUUUUGCUUUAAAAUCCUCCUGAUCUCUUAAUUUUCUCUCAGUAUGUAACCGACGUAGAAAUGUAUAUAGAUCUAGAAAACGUCUUCCAAUGAUGAAAUCAGACUAAUUUAGCCAAAUUUUACAGCAAUUUAAAGAACAACGUUGUUAAACAUACCACCAUGCUAAGGCAAUGUGAUAUGCUUAUUGUAAUGCUUUAUACAUGUAUAUGUUCACCUGAGCUGCGGUAAUUCUACUCAACAAUUUUGCCCGUUUUAUUUUAACAAGCUGGCCGAUUCACAAAUUUGUUUGCCCAUCGCAAAAUCUCGGCAUACAAAUGUGGGGAUCCUGUCAGCUUCGGUUUGCAGCAAGCACAUACGUAUACACUGUACAUCAGGGGAAAAAUAUUAAAUUUUUUUUGGGUGGCUCUUUUUGGCACUUCAAGGGCUAACUCGCCCCUAGCCCCCGUGUAUUUUCCCCCCGUUCCACAUGUAGGGGGAGAAGGAGAUCACUUUGGAGAGAUAUUAUUGGAAUUAAUCGGCCACAUUCCGGACUACUUGAAAUAGAGAAGGUUGAGUUCUGGGUAAGGUGAACAAUAAUAUUUGUGAGGUUUUCCGUUCUUUUUAUGUCAGUGCGGAAGAGUAUUAUGGAAAAUAUAUCCACUGAAAAGAGUGGCUCUUGAGAUGCUCUCCUAUUUGAAACAUGACAAGCAACGGCUAAAGUUUGUGGACCACAACCUCAUGCCCAUGUCUGUGUAGUCCCAUGUACACAUUUCUGUGUACAGCGCAUGUGACCCAUUAGCAAGACUUGGGCAAUUCCCAAUCAUUUUGAUGAUUCCAAAACCUUACUGCAUUACACCCAUACUCACAUGUAUCUGCUAUAUGAUCAACCUUUCCCAAUCGCUUCCACACAGUUCUUUCACAAUGCAAGCAUAUGACCAGAACUCAACUUUGUCUUGGAGUCCUGGAACAUAUGUAACUUGAUAUCAAUAUCGUUGAACAGACCCAAUGGUUAUAGAGCGCAGUAUCUGGUUUUGCCCAUCUUUGCUGCUGUAUUAGAUGUUAUAUAUGCAUACUGUGUAAACUGAAACUGAAUAAUAUAUUUGACUGAACAAUACAUGUAUGAAAACAGGACUUUCACCUUUUACUUACAAAAGUUACAUCAUAUGUGUGACAUGAGGUUAAAAAAACUAAUUCACAGACAAAAAAAUACCAUUCUCAGUCUUCUAAAAAGUUUCAUUACGAUCAUCUUAUUUGCUCAACGUUUCUUUUGAUCUCUAUCUUUUGUUUUUGCAUAGAUGAAACGUUUUUGACUCCAUAUAAUGAAAUUUGUGCAUAGAAACGUGGCUAUUGUUAAUAUUCUUUCCUUUGGUAUCUUUCCAAAUCUGUCUGUGCUGUGAUUUUCAAAUUGUGCCCAAAAGUUUGGACAAGCAGAUAUAUAGCCGGGUAAUGAUAUGAUUGCAGGGCCCUCGGGGAGAACAGUACGAAUACUGAUGAGGCUACCCUGGGUAAACAAGACAUAUUAUUAUCAUUAUUAUUAUUAUUAUAUAGAAUCUAAAGUUUUCUGAGGGCCAGAAGCUAUUUCAGGCUCAGGUCGACAAUGAAAUGGGGAAAGCAAAACAGAAAAUAAUACCUUGCAUUCCAUUUGUUAAUUACUCUGACAUACAUGUAUUAUCAUGUGGGGGGGGGGGGGGGGGGGGUUACAAAAUGAAUCACAAAUGUAUAACCCUUGCCCUCUAUUUUUUGACGACAACCACCAAAUUCCCCUUACCAAGCAUUGCUUGAGUGUCUAUUUCAGAGUAUAUAUAUAUAUGUUUUGUCAAUGAAGAAUUACUUGUUUAGGGUCACAAACUAUUAAAGGUACUAUGUCCCUUUUGCAGCCAACCUCAAAUUUUUUAGUCAAUUUCCCACUCGAAGACAUUUUCAAGCCCCACCUUUUUUAGGGAAGUUAUAAAGUAGCAUUAUCUUUCAAAUGCCGUUGGAAUUUAACCUUUUCAUUUUUUUGGCCUGCAAAUGGGACAUAGUACCUUCAAGAUAAAGUCACUUUGUAUAAUAUGUGAUGAGAGCACCAUUUGUACAGGGGGCAGGAUUUGUACAGAACUUUUAUAUUGGUAUGUAAAUGAAUAUUUUGAAGUUUUAAAAUUUGUACAGAAAUUAUGACAUCAUUAUAUCUCAACAUUAUAGAGAUGGACGUACAGUGGUCUUAGUAUGAAAACUGCCAUUUAUAUUUUUGUUGCAUCGUUCAUACUUAUAUUACCAUGAAGAUUUUGAAAAUAUGACUCUUUCUUGUAUCGGAGAAAAGAAGUGGACUUUCUCUGUGGAAAGACAAACAUGUACAUUUUCAAGUAGAAGUGAAUAAAUUAUAUGAAUUUAAUGACC